CUAAAAAUUUCAUAUAUGUCCCGACAUAUCGUUAUAUAAAGGUUUUACUGUAUAAGCAGGACAAAUCCGCACACUAACAACUGACAUAAAGUUUUAAAAACAAAAGAAUUAUUUAAAGUUUUAAAAAACAAAAAAAUUAUUCAAUUUUAAAAACAAAUUAUUCAACAUGAUUUUUCUUGAAUCUAAAUACAAUUUUGUGCUCGUAUUUUUAAUGAUGGUGUUGGUUUUAAUUUCACAAACUUAUUGCAUUCCACAAGGAGGUACACAACCAGUUACACAACCUGAUACACCACCUCCAUCUCCUCCUGAUCUCACACCGCCUGACAACGGUCCUACUCCUCCUUAAACGUAGAUUCCCUUACACGACAACUCUAUCUACUUGAUAUGUGAAUAAUAUUUUCGUUACUGAAUCUAUUGGUCAUAUUAUACGAUAAUUUUAUAUGAUAUUAUAAUGCUUAUGCGAAUUUUUAUUAUAUAAUAGAGUUUUAUCAAAUUUCUUUAUAAAUUAA